AUGGAUCUUUGCAUCGAACAGCCAAGGCGCUUCUCUAGCAAGGCCCCGAUACCGCAAUCGAUUGCUGGUCCUUUCAACCACGAAGGUAAUUCUGGUCAUACCGACAAAUGCCAGUCGUACAGCAAGGCAGAUGUCUCCCGGAGCAUCAAGACUGGAGAUGAAACGCGGACUGAGACAGCAAUAAGCGAGAAGUUCUUAGUUGCGCAACAGUCCCUUACUUUGACCGUCUCUCCGGGCCCCAAGUUUUGGAGCCACCGGCUGCGUAAGGCCCCAGGCGGGAAAGACAUCAUCGUGCACUAUUGCAAGUCCCUUAAAAAAACUGAGGAAGUAGCAAAACACUUCCUGAAUGAUGAUGUAAUAGGCUUCGACAUGGAAUGGAAACCGCAGUCAAGCAAGUCCGCCAGCGUUCAAAAGAACGUCUCGUUGAUACAGAUUGCAAAUGCGGAGCGAAUUGCCCUCUUCCAAAUUGCGCUGUUCAAACCUUCGAGAACACUGGAAGACUUUCUUUCUCCUUCUCUACAGAGGAUUCUUGAAUCACCAAACAUCACGAAAGCUGGAGUAGCAAUUAAAGGGGACUGUACGCGCCUAAAGAACUUUCUUGGUAUCAACGCUCGAGGGACUUUUGAACUCAGCCAUCUGUACAAGUUGAUCAAGUACUGCCAGUCGGACCCAACACUCAUCAACAAAAGACCUGUCAAUCUGAGCGAGCAGGUCGAAGAGCACUUCGGUCUACCUCUAGCGAAGGAUGAUGACGUCCGAUGCAGCGAUUGGACGGCUGCGCUAAACUACCGUCAAGUUCAGUAUGCUGCAACCGACUCGUAUGCAUGUCUUUGUCUUUUCAAUACUAUGGACGCCAAGCGCAGGGCCUUGACUCCGAUGCCCCCUCUACCUGCACACGCUGAGCUGGAUCUGCCAAUUCGCCUAGCGGAAGAGCUUGAUGUUGAAACCACCAACAACAAACCGGUUGAACCUCAGGUCAUCAAGCCGGCAGUGUGCCUUGAGACCGAGGACGAUGCUCCUAAAAUAACAUCCUUGGCACGUACCAUGUGA